AUGCCGACCGCCAACUGUUUGCUCAAGGCUGCCCUGUGGCAGAAGCUCAUUCUGGCCUUCAUUUGGUAUCUUGGUCAGGUUUGGAUCAAAGACGUUGAAGUGGAACCCGAUAGUUCGGAUUAUGGUAGGGCUGAUGCCAAAGAGGGAAAGUGGCGCUUCUAG